CUGUCGGGCUCUUCGUCUUUUUCUUUCACAACGAGGAUCCUCCCACCACCAGCACAAGUCCACCAUGACGUCCCUCCUCAAAGGCCUCCUGCAUGCAACAAACUUCCGCAACCCUUUCCUCCGCACUUUGAUUCCAUCCAUUGGUUUGGCGUACGGCCUCCAAUUUGCCUUCGCCGUUCCCUCCAUUGCCCUCCAGACCGAACGCGUAUACGAUCUCUCUGGCUCCUUGACGUAUAUCUCCUGCGUGGCGCUCUCCCUUUACCUCCCGACUCUCCGCGCCCGCUUCGCGUCCCUGCCAGGCACUCUCGCUCCAGCAUGGCCUAGCCUCCUCCAAAGUCUCGUCAGCAAAGGCGGCGCCAACACCUGGAACUGGCGACAAGUCGUCCUCAGCGCGGCGGUGACAUUCUGGGCUGCUCGACUGGGAAGCUUCCUUUUCGCUCGCAUCACGGCGGAAGAUGGCAAGGAUAGUCGGUUCGACAGCAUUCGUGGUACACCCUCCAAGUUCAUCGUCGCCUUCUUCGCGCAGGCCACCUGGGUUUCACUCUGCUUGAUGCCAGUGCUCGCGAUCAACAGCAUUCCUGCUGCGACGCUUGCUGCUCUCCCAUUGGUCACGAUUACCGACAUCGUAGGUCUGUUGCUGUAUGUGGGAGGCAUUACAUUCGAGGCCACGGCCGAUAAGCAGAAGAGCCAGUGGAUGAAGGAGAAGAAAGAGAAGAAGCACAGCGAGGACUUUCUGACGCGCGGACUGUGGAGCAAGAGCAGACAUCCUAACUACUUCGGCGAGAGCACCCUGUGGACAGGAAUUGCGACUACUGCCGCGGGUGUGAUGUUGAGCACAGUGGGCCAGACUGGAAUGGGUCUCAGCGGCAGCGCUGUUGCCAGAGGUGGAGCACUUGCGAUGGCUGCCGUCAGCCCGGCAUUUGUCACAUUCCUUCUUCUCAAGGUAUCUGGUGUACCCAUGAGCGAGACGAAGUACGACAAGCGUUACGGCGAUCGCAAGGACUAUCGGCAGUGGAAGAAGAACACUCCCAUGUUCAUCCCGAAGUUGUAG